AUGGCUUCCGAUUCUACCCCAAAUCCAAAGGCUUUCCCAUUAGCCGAUUCUGCUUUGACUGAACAAAUUUUGAGUGUUGUUCAACAAGCUGCAAAUUUGAGACAAUUAAAGAAAGGUGCCAAUGAAACCACCAAAACCUUGAACCGUGGUAUUUCUGAGUUCAUCAUUAUGGCUGCUGAUUGUGAACCAAUUGAAAUUUUAUUGCAUUUGCCAUUGCUAUGUGAAGAUAAAAACGUUCCAUACGUUUUUGUUCCAAACAAGCAAGCUUUAGGUAGAGCCUGUGGUGUUUCUAGACCAGUAAUUGCUGCUUCCAUCACCACUAAUGAUGCCUCUACUAUUAAGAGCCAAGUUUACUCCGUUAAGGAUAAGAUUGAAACUUUGUUGAUUUAG